GGGAUGUUGUUGUUUUUUAACUCUCUGUCGCCGUCAAGUGGAUAAUCCUAUAGGAUUGACAUUUAAAGAGGUGGAAUACAAUGAAAGAAGAAGAAUAAGAAGAAGAAUGAUACUCGUGAACAUGAUUGCACUACGUGAAGCGUUGUACCCAGAUUUUCACCCCCUUGGUGAAGUGCACGGACAUAAGGGAGGACGGUGCUAUUUGAGAGCUGACCAUAGAAUCGCAUUCAGAAACGUGACCGGAGCAGCUAGCAGCGUCCUGAACAUCCAUAACAACAGGUCUGUAAUGGAAGCCCUGACUGAGGCACUGUCCUCCAGCUUCUGUGUAACCAGAGAAGACAACAGUACCUCAGCCCCACAUCCUCGCCUGGCUCAGUACAAGAGCAAAUACAGCGCUUUGGACCAGGAUGAACGGCGGAGGAAGUUCCUGAAGGAGCAGAAGGAGAAAAGGCUAAACUAUGUGAAUCACGCCCGCCGUUUGGCAGACGGAGACUGGACAGGGACGGACAGUGAUGAGGAAGAGAAACAGAAAAGUCAGGAGCAGGAUGAAGUGGAAGACGAGGGGAUGGAGGUUGAGCAGCACAAAAAGUUGCCAAGGCACUACGCCAACCAGCUGAUGUUGUCAGAGUGGCUGGUGGACAUCCCUGCAGAGCUUAGUGCUGAUUGGCUCCUGGUGGUCUGUCCAGUAGGGAAGCGCUCGCUCAUCGUUGCAUCAAAGGGUUCUACUUCAUCAUACACUAAAAGUGGGUACUGUGUGAACCGGUUCCCUUCUUUGCUCCCAGGAGGAAACAGACACAACUCAGCCAUGGGGAAAGAUUACACCAUCCUGGACUGCAUUUACAGUGAAGUGGACAGGACGUACUACAUCCUGGAUGUGAUGUGCUGGAGGGGGCAUCCAGUCUACGACUGCUCGACUGAGUUCCGGUUCUACUGGUUGCAGUCGAAGGUGGAAGAGGUAGAAGGACUGUCGGAGAUCUGCACCCGAAACCCUUUCCGGUUUGUGAGUCUGACCAGCAUCAGCUGUACAACAGAGUCCAUUCAAAAGGGCCUGGCGCACGACUACAGCUUCGGCGUGGACGGGCUGCUGUUCUACCACCGUGAGACUCACUACACCCCGGGCAGCACGCCGCUGGUGGGGUGGCUCAGACCCUACAUGGUGAAAGACAUCCUGGGGAUCGAGGUGCCUGAGUGCCCCCUCACCACCAAGCCAGACUAUGCUUUACACCAGAUGCAGCAGAUCCUGGAGCACAAGAAGCCGUCCAGUCAGGUCCGACCUGCGGAUCAGUACGGAAGAUACGAGUUAGAGCAUCUGUCCACGCCAGAGCUGCAAACAGGAAGCGGCAACCAGAAAGAAAGCAUGGAUAGCUGACUGCUAGCUGCUCAGAAGCUACCGGUUCGGUAUCACGCCAAAAAAUUCUCGACAGAGUGCUGAGAUUUAUUCAGUGUUUUCUGAAACCAUGUUGAUUUUAGAAUUUUUUUUUUUUUUUUAAACUUUCUGAACUCUACAUGUGGAACUUCAAACGUGACCAUAGUGUUAAUCAUUUUCCAUUUGUUACUGAUCAGUUUAACCUCCCUUACUGAUUUAGACAGCAUUUACUGUCUUUUUUGUUUUUUUGUCAUAGCCUUUAUCAGGUAUUAUUAGGAUUUUUUAAACGGAUUUACACCGUAGCUCCAGGAGGACAUCAUAAAGCAAAGAAAAUUUGCAUCGGUUUACCAACACAAUCCCCUUUAUGAACGCUUCUUCUGGAAUAUUACAUUUUGGCAUUUUAGAUUUACGCCGUCCUUUUCUAAGGAGGACACUCGAAAGACUUUUAACGCUAAAUUAAAAAAUGUAUUUUUAUUCUACACAUUUUGGAUAGAUCUGGAACCCUUUUCCCCUUUUUUUUUUUUGUUUUUACUUUUAUUUUUUUAAGAUAAUUUAGCUUUAAUUGUUUGUGCAGAUUCCCCAAGGAAGCCUGACUGAAUAAAAUGCAAAGCU